UAGCUUCAGAAAAUUUUGAUAACUCGGGUGACGAGCAGGAAUGUCGUUUGAUGUGACGCUGCAAAAAGUAGACUGAAGAUGGAAACAACCUUUUUCUUCACCCAGGACCAUCGCGAAGCACUGGCUUUCAUUGUCGGAAGAGAUGGGAGUGAUGCCGGAAAUCGGCAAGGCUGUUGAAGAGAUGGAUUGGAGCCUUCCAACAGAUGUUCAGUCAGAAGCUAUUCCCAUGAUCUUGGGAGGAGGAGAUGUGUUGAUGGCUGCAGAGACUGGCAGUGGUAAAACUGGGGCGUUCUGCAUCCCCAUCCUACAGAUUGUGCAUGAGACACUGGUCACCCAGAGGGAGGGCAAGGCGACCAAGGCCCCCAAGGGCAAGUCAGGUGGUGGCAGCUCGAAAUGGAAGAUGAACAUGUUUGAUCGAGGAGACGCUAUGGCCAUUGACCCUGACGGGGUGCUGUGCCAGGCCAGAGACCCCCAGGGCUGGCAUGGGACACGUUCAAACAAGUCCGUUGUGGGGCAAGGUCAGUACUACUACGAGGCAUCUGUGACUGACGAGGGGCUGUGCAGAGUAGGCUGGGCCACAGACCGGGCAACACUCGAUCUAGGAACCUGUAAAUUUGGCUAUGGCUUUGGAGGAACUGGAAAGAAGUCCAAUGGAAGGCAGUUUGAUAGUUAUGGAGAGCCCUUUGGAAUGAAUGACACCAUCGGAUGCUUUCUGGAUUUGGACAGAGGCGAGAUAAGGUGGUCCAAGAAUGGGAUUGACUUGGGCAAGGGCUAUGACCUUCCUAAACACAUACUGCAAGAUCAGUUCUAUGCUGCAGUAGUCCUGAAGAAUGCAGAAAUGCAGUUUAACUUUGGAGAUAUGCCAUUCAAGUUCCCUCCACAGGCUGGUUACACUGCCCUAUGUAAGGCUGCCUCACAGUGUGUUGUGGAAUCAAGGAUUCUCGCUGCCAGUGCUGUCAAUGCCAAGCCAGCCCCUAAUGCUCCACAGGCUAUCAUCAUAGAGCCCUCCCGGGAGCUGGCAGAACAGACCCUCACUCAGCUGCAGAAGUUCAAGAAACAUGUCAACAACCCUGAUGUGAGGGAACUACUGAUUAUUGGGGGAGUCAGCGCCAAGGAGCAGGUGGAUUGUUUGGAAAGAGGGGUGGACAUUGUGUGUGGGACCCCUGGCCGUCUGGAGGACCUCAUCUCUACAGGCAAACUAGCUCUCCAUCAGAUUCGCUUCUUUGUACUGGACGAGUGUGACGGGCUUCUGUCUCAGGGUUAUGGUGACCUCAUCAAUCGCCUCCACCAACAGAUUCCAAAGGUCACCAAUGAUGGCAAACGUUUGCAGAUGAUUGUGUGUUCUGCAACCCUUCAUUCAUUUGAUGUCAAGAAAAUGGCAGAGCGGCUCAUGUACUUCCCCACUUGGAUCGACUUGAAGGGAGCAGAUGCUGUGCCAGAGACGGUCCACCAUGUGGUGUGUUUGGUGGACCCUAAGAAGGACACCCAAUGGAAGACAAUGCAGACGUACAUCCAGACCGAUGGAGUUCAUGCCAAGGACAGGAUCAACACUGAGAGCCACAGUCCAGAGGUGCUGUCAGAGGCCGUGAAGAUCUUGAAAGGGGAAUACUGUGUCCGAGCUCUGGAGGAACACAAGAUGGACAAGGCCCUUAUUUUCUGUCGUACCAAGAUUGACUGUGACAACAUGGAAUGUUAUCUCAACCAGAGGGGUGGUGGCAAAUACUCCUGUGUGUGUCUCCAUGGGGACAGAAAACCUCCAGAGAGGAAAGCCAAUCUCCAGAAAUUCAAGGAUGGUAAGGUGCGCUUCCUCAUCUGCACUGAUGUAGCAGCCCGGGGAAUAGAUGUGUCAGGAUUGCCCUAUGUUAUCAAUGUAACACUCCCUGAUGAGAAACAAAACUACAUUCAUCGCAUUGGCCGUGUUGGUCGAGCAGAAAGGAUGGGUCUUGCUGUAAGUCUGGUAUCCACAGUGAAGGAAAAGGUGUGGUACCACUCCAACUGCCACAACCGUGGACGAGGCUGCUAUAACACCCGCCUCACCGAUGAGGGUGGAUGCUGUAUCUGGUACAAUGAACCACAGCUGAAGAGCGAUGUGGAGGAGCACCUUGACAUAACCAUUGAUCUUGUGGAGCCCAACUUCAAAGUCCCAGUCAAUGAAUUUGAUGGCAAGGUCAUGUAUGGUCAGAAGAAGAAAGCAUCAGGGUCAGCCUACCAAGGACACGUUCAGUUCCUGGCGCCUACGGUGGCGGAGUUGGCGCAGCUGGAGAAGAGGGCUCAAUCAUCGUUCAUUGAUAUGAAGUUCAAGAAGAAGUUUGCCACUCGUUGAAAUGUUGAGGAUAUUCAUUACCUGAUAUGGAUGAAGCAGCCAAGGAAUUCCAUUUAAUUAAAAAUUGUUAAGUCCUAUAGAUUUGAAUACACAAAGCAACAUUUUCAUUUAUUGAGAUCUGUCUUAUGCUUCCCUCUGUAUGCAGACUGCCUCUGUAAAUAAAGCUGUUAUUUAAACAUGAUCAAGUAUUAAAACAAAGAAACACUGACAUACGUUUGAAAGUCUCUGGUAAGAGUUGUAAGAAGGGCUUUAGUGUGAUGUAUCCCUAGCUGACCCAACUUAAGUAAAAGGGGGGAUUAUCAAACAACGUUCAAAAAUUUUUUCUUCUACUUUACACACUGUUCCAAAACUGACUACAGUAAGAUGUUUUAAGGUUUUGUCAAUAUAUAAACACCAAAGUCUGCAUAUUACAUACUUGACGGUUAAAUAGACACAAUUCAGAGCCUGAGUUGUUUCUUGCACAUGUUAUUUGUGGUAGGAUAUCAAUCGUCAUAAACUUUCCAUUUUAUACAUAUUGUUCAUUGACAAUUGUCUUAACUGUUCAACACUUUCUGUGUACUAACUGAUGAGGCCUCCACUGCUGUGGAGUGUCUUUGUCUCACUGUCUACUACUGUUCAAUGCUGGAAUCAAGCUACAAAUAAACUCCUUCAAUGUC